AUGCCACGCUGUAGUCGCAACUGCCGCAAACGCUGGCAACGUGUAUUUCGCGCAGACAACUUCUACAGCAGCAUACGCUUGAUUAUAAUGCUGGCUUUUCUACAAGGACUAACGCCUUAUUAUGUGGGCUGGGAUGAGCAGCAGGCUGAGCUUAGCCUGCGUGAAUCCAAAUUGGGCUUUGUUAAUGCCUUUGCUCGCUUUCUGUUCGCUGUCUACUGCUACGCUUAUUCACAAGUGCAUAACGAGUAUCUGAUUGGCUACUUCAUGCGCACUGACAUCUCGCAGAGCAGCUCACAUGUUCAUAAUACGGUUGGCAUGCUGGCCGGGGUUAUGAUCUUUAUCCUGCCGCUCUGGCAGCGUCGCAGCUGGCGAAAAUCCAUUGAGCUGCUGUCCGCCAUUGAUCGUCGUUUGGCUAAGCUGCGUAUACGUAUUAACUAUUUCCAAGUGCAGUAUCUGGGCCUGCUGGUGGUGCUGCUCGCUUUUGCCCUCGAUGCAUUCAUCAUUCUGGUCUGCUGGCUUUGCUUUGCCAAAAUGCAGGUGCAGGCUAGCUGGCCUUUUGUUUUGAUUAUGAUCGGUGAGGUGCUUACGCUUUCUAUGGUCGUUACCAUGUUCUGCCUGCUGACGCAUUCCGUCCAGCGACGCUUGCAGCGACUGCAUAAGGUAAGUGCAAAUCUGUGGAAAGUAUAA